UUCUAUACAUUUAAAAUUAAAAAAUAUAAUAACACUAUUAAUUAUUCAAUCUUAAAAAUAAUGGAAAAUCAAUCAAAUUCUAAGUAAAAUUAAUAAGAGCAUACUUUCACUGAAGGUCUCUCUUUUGAAGGAUUUAGAUAAAUUAUGAAAAAAUUCGCAAACGAUCGUGAUUGGAAUUAAUAUCAUACUCCUAGAAAUUUAUUGCUAGCUUUUACAGGAGAAGUAGGAGAGUUAUGUGAGCUAUUUUAAUGGAAAGGAGAGGUAAGUGAAGGACUUCCUGAAUUCUCUGAAGAGGAAAAAAUUAGAGUAGGAGAGGAGAUGGCAGAUUGCCUAGCAUAUCUUACUAGGUUAGCAGACCAAUGCAAAAUAGAUUUAACUUAAGCAAUAUUGAGGAAAAUGGAAAUGAAUGCAAAAAAAUAUCCAGUUGAAAAAUGUAAAGGAAAAAGCGACAAAUAUACUUCUUAUCAAGAGAUGAAAGAAUAGCCUCAAGGAGAAAAUUAAUAAAAUUAGUAGGAAUAAUUAAAUAUUUAACAAUAAUAACCCGAAUAAAAAAUCGAAUGA